UUGUCCCGCUCACAUCGGGAGCUGACAUUGAGGCUGCUAUGGCAACCGUGUGUUUACUAGACGGAUAGUUAGAAGUUGUGCUCGGAUUAGCGGUUAAACAUUUACAUAAAUAAACUACUUUUACAAGUUAUAAUCAUCCAGUGUAAUGUCUCAGGUAGAAAAAGCACCUCCUAAGUUUCUGCCUCCUGAGUGGGAACAUGCAAACUACGUGCACUUCAGGAGAGCUGAGGCUGAGCGAGCACGCUCAGAGCGACUCACGGAUGAGUGUAAGAGGCUGAUAGAGGAGAGCGAGAAGACGGUGAAACGCAUGCAGCAGGAUGCUAACAACCGCCUGGAGCAGAGACUUAAAGAUAUUAAGUUCUGGAGGCAGGAGCUGGAGCAGAAACUGCAGGAGAUGGUGCAGGAGAUCGAGCUGCUACUGACGAUGAAGAGCCGAGUAGAGAAAGCUCUGGGGAGUUGCUCCGAACCUCUCCAAGCCACUCUGGACUGUCUGAACGAGAGGCAGAAGCGCGUGGAAAUAGACCUUGUUCAUGACAACUUGGAGACGGAGCUUCUGAAGGAAAAGGACGUGAUCGAGGGAGUGUUAACCCUCCUUCAGCGCACUCUGGAGCAGAUCAUUGAGCAGAUCAGACUCAACCGCGCAGCCAAAUACUACCUGGAGAAAGAUCUGCGGGAUAAAUUUCAGGCCGAACGCAUCGACGAUUUCUGCUCCCUGCUCAGCACCACCACAGCGGGCGCCAAGGAGCAGGCUGGAGCCGGGCAGCGUCCUGAUGGAGGACUCGCCGUGACUCCUCAGGAAUGGGAGACGUUCUCUGACGUGAACAUCGGCAAGGCAGAGAAGGAGAGGAAUAACUCGGCAUCUCUGCGGGCCCUGGUGGAGAACCUGCUGGCGCAGACGGCGGCAGACAUGCGCAGGCAGCACGAGGCCACCGGCUCGGCCCUGGAGCUGCGCAUACAUGAAACCAGAAGUGCUAAAGCAAAGCUGGAAGAUCAGCUGAGCAAGCUGCUGGUGGAGAUCGCGAGCCAGGAACAAAACCUUGAUGCUCUGAAAGUAGCUGUUGCUGAUAAAGAAGGGCCGCUAAAGCUGGCAGAGACACGUUUGCACACACGCCAACAACGACCCAGAGCUGAGCUGUGUAACGACCGCGCUCACACACACCUGCUCGCCGAAGUACAACAGCUUAAGAGCCAAGUGUCCAGGCUGAAAGAAGGUUUAUCCCAGUCAGACAUGGAGCUCAAAGCUCUGACCAGAAGCCAGCUGCUCCUGGAGGAGGAGAUCCAGGUCAAAUCAAACUCACUUUACAUAGACGAAGUGAUCUGCACACAGCUCCGUCAGCCGAUCACCAUUCACGACUUCUAAAGGAGAAAACAAACGACUCGAAAAAGAUUGUAAAAAUAUUAAAUAGGAAAUAAAUCAUUUAUGAAUGGUGCUCUGGUCCUGGUCUUUUUAAUGAAAUGUCUAAAGGAUACAUCCAGGAUAUAUAACACAUUCUUAUUAAAUGGAAAUUUGAUGUUGAGAUAAAUAGGCUGAACAGUUAUAUAUGCUCUAUCAGUUAUAAAUCACAGAGACUCACACGCCAUAAGAUGGAAUGGUAUGCCUCUCUGACAUUACAUGGAAUAAAUCACAGCGCAGUAGUCGAGCUCUGAGUCAGUGAGUAGCCCUGAAGUGAGAUAACACCAACUCCGGCAUCUCAUCCUCCUCAGCUUUGCUAUAUCUGAUGCUGGUUAACUGUGUUUGUAUCGUAGCAACAGCAGACAAAAAAAGCUUUCUGCCUCCAGUAUCUGUUCUCCUUUCAGUAUUCGGUGUAAUGCUAUUUGUGUAUAUUGUAACAUAACCUGUAAUGAAACUUUCAAUGUUAUACAUUUUCCAUACUUUUAAAUAAUAUUGUCGUGC